AUGGAUCCUUCAAGCUCCCACAUAGCCAUGUUCCCAUGGUUCGCCAUGGGUCACAUGACUCCCUAUGUCCACCUCUCCAACGAGCUCGCCUCUCGCGGCCACCGCAUCACUAUCUUGGUUCCUAAGAAAGCUCAAGACCAGCUCCAACACCUCAACCUCCACACCAACCUCAUCACCUUCUUCCCUGUCCUCGUCCCUCACGUCGAGGGCCUCCCGGAGGGCACUGAAACCGCAUCUGAGAUCCCUUUAUCAGCCAAUGGACUCCUGGCCGCAGCCGUGGACAAAACCCGGAAGCAGCUCGAGGAGUACUUAGAGGCUCACAAGCCUGACAUGGUCUUCUACGACACUGCACAUUGGAUGCCAGAGAUUGCUAGAAAGCUGGGGAUUAAGACCGUUUGUUACAAUGUCGUUUGCGCGGCAGCUAUUGCUUGUACACUUGUCCCGGCUAGGAAACUUCCCAUUACGGCGGAAGACCUAGAGAAUCCGCCGGCCGGGUACCCUUCCAAGACCGUCGUGCUUCGCGGGGCCGAGUCCCGGUCUUUAAUGUUCAUUACGAUGCCGUUUGGGGAUGGGAUCACAUUUUACGACAGGACAACGAAGGCUUUAAAAGAAUGUGAUGCCAUAUCUAUUAGGACAUGCAGAGAGUUAGAGGGUGACAUGUGUGAUUACAUGCAAGCUCAGUUUAACAAGACUGUGCUUUUAACUGGUCCAGUGUUGGGGCUCCGUGAUGAAGAAGGCCAAUUAGAGGAGAGGUGGUCUAAAUGGCUAGGUGGGUUCGAGCCAGGAUCAGUGGUGUAUUGCGCUUUUGGAAGCCAGUACAUUCUUGAGAAGGAACAAUUUCAAGAGCUUGUGUUAGGGUUUGAGCUAACCGGGUUGCCAUUUUUGAUAGCACUGAAGCCACCUAUGGGGUGUGAUAGUGUGGAAGAGGCACUGCCUCAAGGGUAUGAGGAAAGGGUUAAGGGGAGAGGGGUUGUGUCUGGGGGAUGGGUGCAGCAGCCAUUGAUCUUAAGGCAUGCGUCGGUUGGCUGCUUUGUGAAUCAUUGUGGUUUUGGUUCAAUGUGGGAGUCCUUGCUGACCAACAAUCAGAUUGUGUUGGUGCCUCACUUGGGUGAUCAAAUGUUAAACACCAAGCUACUUGUGAAUGAGCUAAAGGUUGCCGUGGAGGUGGAGAGGGAAGCUAAUAGGUGGUUUUCAAAGGAAAGCUUGAGCAAAGCUAUUAGAAGCGUGAUGGAUAAAGAGAGCGAGGUGGCUAAUAUGGUGAGGAAAAACCAUGCCCAGUGGACUGAGAAACUAUCAAGUCCAGGGUAUAUGAGUGGUUAUGUUGAUAGAUUUGUCGAUAGUCUGAGAGAUCUUUGUAAAGUUGCUCGAGACUAG